AUGCCCCACCAGCAUCGACUUGCAGCUCCUCCUACACCUACAACCAACUCAACGGCCUCGAGUCGUGCUGAGCGAAUCCGUCACAGGAGCAAGCUCAAGAUGUCCAAGCAAUAUCUGACUGUCCACACCGUGGAUGACGCUCACAUCACGGAUAUUUUCUCGGUGGCGGCGACGCCCAGAGCGGUCCUGUCCGCGGGCGGCUCGUCGACCAUUCACGUUCACGACACGCGCGAUCCCGCGUUCCCUCUGAGGCAGUCCAUCUCCGACGCCCACAGGCUUGGCUGCCACCACAUCUGCGCUUCGCGAGACGGCAGAGUCGCCGCCAGCGCCGGGUUCGGGGGCGAAGUCAAGCUCUGGUCGCUGAACCAAGACACGGGGGAAUGGUCCGCCGGCGGCGAGGUGGCUGCGUCGUCGGCCAAGCCCGGCGAGGUGUGGGCGCUGGCCCUCAGCGAAGACGGCUCGUAUCUCGCCAGCACCACCCACGACGGGCGCAUCAACGUGUGGCACGUAGCGGGCGAGCAGCCGCGCAAAAUCCAAGAGUACGAAACAGGCAGCGCCGGCUCGGGGAGUUUCGGCAUGAGCGUGGACCUCAGCCGCGACGGCAAAUACACCGCCAGCGGGCACCAGAACGGCGCCGUCUACAUAUUCAACAACGACACGGGCAAGAUCCUCCAUUCCCUCUCCGGGCUGGCGAAGCCCGUUCGAGCAGUGGCAUUCUCGCCCGCCAGCACCAGGUUGGCGGCUGCCGGUGACGCAGGGAUCAUCGCCCUCUACGACAUGAAGCACGGCGAACACGUGGGCAACCUGACUGGCAGUUCGUCGUGGAUCACGGCCGUCGACUGGAGCGACACCGGAGAGUACCUGCUCAGCGGAUCCAUGGACGGCAAAGUCAAGGUGUGGUCGGUCGAGCGCGCUGCCUGUGUGGCCACGCACAGCGAGACGGACAAGGCUCUAUGGGCUGUGCGCUGGCUGCCCAAGACGGCCAAGAGCGAGAUGUUUUGCACGGCGGGUGCGAAUCGAAGCCUCUCCUUCUAUCGCGAGGCCACUUGA